AUGUCCUUUCUUUUGCACGCUAUGAUGCAGGAUGAACAGGUCCAGGAGCUCUAUGAACAGAUUCCGAAGGUCUCAGCGCGACACCCGCACGUCUUGGAAUUUGAACUUGGCUUCGCGACAGCUGCGGAUGCCUUCGCCGUGGAAGGCCUGCGGACGUCACUUGAGAUUGCACCGAUGCAGAAACUUUCACACAAGGUCCUCCAGGAUGACUUCUUUUUGGCUCUCUUGCACCCGCUCUCAAAGCCAACAUUGUUGAGUGUUUUGUGUUCGAACGGCCGUAUUGACGCAGAGCUCAGAGAUAUUGGUGAUGUGGCAGAGCACUCUGAACUUCUUCUGGUGGAAGAGCGACACAAAAAGAAAGUGCAUUCCUCGUGGCAAUUUUCCGUGCAGACUCUCAGGCAUAGUGACCAGGUAAAAUCCUCCAUUUUCUGCACGAUGUGGUCCUCUGGACAUCGUUUUCUGCAUCGUCGCAUUUUUGGUCCGGCCUGCUAA